GGGGUAGUGGCGGCCCGCUCCGAGUCCGGCAGUAGGUGGGGCUCUGUUGCCAGAGUAACCUGGCGUUGGUGUUGGUGUAGGUGUUUUCCAGUCGCAAAGUUACCUAUUUCCUGGUGCUGAGAUCCCGAGGCGAUGAGCUGCUACUCUGUCUGCAUGGAUGGAUCAAUAGCCAAGAAUCACAGUGAAAGAUUCGUUUUCAUUGCAGAGUGGUAUGAUCCAAAUGCUUCACUAUUUCGACGUUAUGAGCUUUUAUUUUACCCAGGGGAUGGAUCUGUUGAAAUGCAUGAUGUAAAGAAUCAUCGCACCUUUUUAAAGCGGACCAAAUAUGAAGACCUUCACUUGGAAGAUUUGUUUAUAGGCAACAAAGUGAAUGUCUUUUCUCGACAACUGGUGCUAAUUGACUAUGGGGAUCAAUAUACAGCUCGUCAACUGGGCAGUAAGAAAGAAAAAACACUAGCCCUGAUUAAACCAGAUGCAGUAUCAAAAGCUGGAGAAAUAAUUGAAAUAAUAAACAAAGCUGGAUUUACUCUAACCAAACUCAAAAUGAUGACGCUUUCGAGGAAAGAAGCAACUGAUUUUCAUAUAGAUCAUCAGUCAAGGCCCUUUUUAAAUGAGCUGAUCCAGUUUAUUACAAGUGGCCCUAUAAUUGCUAUGGAGAUUUUAAGAGAUGAUGCUAUAUGCGAAUGGAAAAAGCUUCUUGGACCUGCAAACUCUGGACUGGCACGUACAGAUGCUCCUGGAAGCAUUAGAGCCGUCUUUGGAACAGACGGCAUAAGAAAUGCAGCUCACGGCCCUGAUUCUUUGUCUUGUGCUGCCAGAGAAAUGGAGUUAUUUUUUCCUUCGAGUGGAGUCUGUGGGCCAGCAAACACUGCUAAAUUUACCAAUUGCACUACUUGUUGCAUUGUUAAGCCCCAUGCCAUCAGUGAAGGACUGCUGGGAAAGAUCCUGAUGGCUAUCCGAGAUGCAGGUUUUGAAAUCUCAGCUAUGCAGAUGUUCAACAUGGAUCGAGUUAAUGUUGAAGAGUUUUAUGAAGUUUAUAAAGGAGUAGUGUCUGAAUAUAAUGAAAUGGUGACAGAAAUGUAUUCUGGCCCUUGUGUAGCCAUGGAGAUUCAACAGACUAAUCCUACAAUGACAUUUCGAGAAUUCUGUGGACCUGCUGAUCCUGAAAUUGCCCGGCAUUUACGCCCUGGAACCCUCCGAGCAAUCUUUGGUAAAACUAAGAUCCAGAAUGCUGUACACUGUACUGAUCUGCCAGAGGACGGCCUAUUAGAGGUUCAGUAUUUCUUCAAGAUCUUGGAUAACUAGCAGUAGAGAAAGAAGUCACAGGUUGGGACAUUUAGACAAGAGUGAAUCAUUCACAUGAGAAAUGUGUUCAUUCUUUUAUUGUCCAUUGUUUUAACCUGACUGAAUACAAGAUCAACAAGAGCACUGUACUCCUGGCAAUUAUGACAUAUGUUAGAACAUGGAUUUUGCACUGUAGACAACAUUUAACACCAGUCUAUGGGGUACUGCAUUGCUUUUUAUAAAGUCCAAAAUAAAGAUUUUUUUUUUUUUCAAACAAGUGACUUUGGUUUAUUUCAUACAUUACACUUUUUCUUGCAGAAAAAAAUAAAAUUGUACAACUGCAUAAAUAUAAAAUUCUUCCACCAUGAAAAUGGUUAAAACAUUCAUAAAGACACAGCACCAGCAUGUGAUGCCUCCAGAGAAAGGAAAAAAGGAAAGUGAAAGAAAAUGUACAAAGCAAAUUAAUCCACCCUAUCACUAGCCAAAGUGACGGGUGCUCCAGAUCUCAUACACAGCUUCGAACGGACUGGAGGACAGGGGAAAAGAAGUCAAGACAGCAUUCAGUACAAAGCACAACACAACCCAUCACCUUUUUGAGAUUUUCUGUAGUGUCACUUAAAAUUUAAAGGGCAGUUCCCCCAUGACAGCCCAGCCCACCCCCCCCCCCCACCUAGACCCAGGGAAAAAAGAAAAUAAUGAAGACCUAACACCACAGGAAAAGACUAUAUGGAGUGUGUUAAAAAUGCUCAUUGAUGGGCCAUUAUUUUUGAAAGAGCCAAACUCAAAAAGAAAAAAAAAAAAA